CCUCAUACUUCUGUGCACAAGAUAAUAAGCCAGAGCGUCAGUAUCAAGUGAAAUAUGGCUUACUUCCGAGCAUUCUGGAACAGUCCAGUUGGUCCAAAAACAACACACUUCUGGGGACCUGUUGCCAACCUUGGAUUUGUGGUUGCAGGGUUGGCAGACAUGAAUAAACCUCCUCAAAUGAUCUCUGCCAACAUGACAUCAGUAAUGUGCAUAUACUCUGCACUGUAUAUGAGAUUUGCAUGGAUGGUGAGACCACGCAACUAUCUGCUGCUUGCUUGUCAUGCUUCCAAUGACACUGUCCAACUCUACCAAUUCUGCCGCUGGGCAAACGCCAGGGGGUGA